UAUAAAUUUGCUAUCACACUAUUUCACUUGAAUUACGUGUAAUUGCUAUUACACGAUUUCUUUACGUUUUUACACAAUUGUUCCACGGUUUUUACACGAUUUUUUUUGCAUGGUUAAAAAACAAGUUUUUAUAUGACUUUCAUGUUGUCUUAACCCAAUUAUCGCACGCUUAUUCACUUUGGAAGGACCAAGCCGUGAAACUUGACGAGUAUAUGAAACGCGAACAAGAACUGGAACUCUUGAAUCAACGUUUAAAACCCAAAUGUCCGAAAUGGUUAGAGACCACGAUGUUGAUAUAAAGAAAAGUGUCGAGCAAUGUCGUGAAUCUUGUAUUGAGUUUCACGACCAAGCUCUUGCUACAAUGAAACAACAAUUGACGGAGGAACACGAGACAGAACUUAAAAAACUCGGACAAGAAAUCGAGUUGACGAUGAAACAACUGAAUGAAGUAAAGGAGUCUUAUGUUGCUCUCAGCGAAGAAUCACGUUGGAUUGAAAAACAGACACGAGAAAGCUGCGAAGAAGACAUGAAGCAGAAAAUAAAAGAGAUGGAGACGAAAUUGGAGGAAAAUAAAGUGUGUGAAUUGCUUGAACUUCGUGAAAAACUUUCUGAGGAAAUUGAGAGAUCUUUAGAAAAGGAACGAAUGACUUGGCUACAAGAGGAGGAAGAGAGAUUUAAAGAAAAAGUUGAUGCUGAGCUUGCUAUUGCCAAAAUGCAUUGGAUUAAGGAUGAACAAACUCGCCGUGAGAAAGCUGUGGAAAAUGCUUUAGUUAUAGCAGAGAAGAAAUGGAAUGAGAAACAUGUGACAGGAGAGGGACGUGAGAAGAAAUGGGAGGAAGAAAUAAAGUCUUUGAAAGAUGAAUGGAAUAGAGAGAAAGACAGGGAAAUUGUAGAAAACCUUAAAAAGUUACGUUUUGAGCUUUCUCAGCAUCGAGACGAAUCAUUGAGAAUGUCCCGUAAAGACUGGGAGCUGUCGGAAACUGUGGAGAUUGGAAACAAAUUAAAUAAAGCCCGUCAAAAUUGGGAACUUGAACUUGCGUUUACUGUAAAACAGGCGCAGGAGAAAGCGGUUGAAAAGGCGAAGGUGGAUUGGUUGAAUGAACGUGAUAGAAGAGCAAAAGAAGAAUGGGAACGAGAGAAGGACAUAGAAAUAAAGAAGAAACUUGAAAACGAAAAAAGAACCUGGGAUGAGGAACGUAAAGAAACAGUAAAGCAGGCAGUUUUGGAAGCCGAAGAAAGAUGGAACAAUGAACACUUGAACAAAGUUAACGAUGCUGUUAAAGCAGCCUUGGAGGUUGCUGAAAAGGCAUGGUGCAAGGAGAAGGAGUCUGCAAUUGAAUCAGCUGUAAGUCGGUCACUUCACUUGGCAAAGGAAACGUGGACUGAGAACAAGAUUAAAGAAAUUGAGCAAAUUUUAUCUAACUCAAGAAAACAAUGGAUUAAUGAACUUUCUUCAAGUAAACAAGAUCGAGGUACGUCACCAUGCUUAAGAGUGUCAAUGGGAUCUUCAGAACAAGACAUCAAUGAGACGUUCAGUUACCUUGAAGCUCGAUAUUCAAAGAAUUUAAAGGAAUUUCGUGAGAACGAAUUAGCUCGUGUAAAGGAGGAGUACGAAGUUAAACUGCGCAAUGCAGUUCUUGAGCACGAAAUGAAAUUGAAGGAACUGGAAACUAGAUAUGAAGAAAAGCUCGACAACUUAACCAAAUCAUCGGGAGAAAAACGUGACGUAGAAUUGAAAGAUAUCGAGAUUGAGUACCAGAAUAAACUAACGAACAUCGUUGAGGAAAUCGAUGAAAAAUGGCAAGAAAAAAAGACUGCGUUGGAGAAGGACUGGACCGAGAAACUAGAUAAACAAAGAGACGAACUUCAUGCUUCGCAUCGAGACAAAUAUCAAAAAGAACGAGAAAAUAUGGGACGACAAAUGCGAGAAAAGUAUGACAAGGCUAUUGAGCAUGUACGCAAAAAUACGAGCAUCUAUUUAAGGAAAAGUUACAAAGUGCUCUUGAACGUGCGAAGAAUGAAUGGGAGGUUGAACAGGAAGAGGAUAGGAUUGCUGUCGAAGAACAACAUUUAAAAGAAAUCGAAAAUGUGCAAGAGAAAUUAAGAAAAUCACUUCAAAAACAACACCAACAAGCCCUGGACGAAGCACGUGAUGAACACAUGAAGAAGAUUCGGGAGCUGGAGGAAGAAAUAA